UUUCAAUUGGCUCUAAUUUACUAAAAAAAAUGGCCUCUAAAGUAGCCUUGCUCAUUCAAGGCCUCUUGGUCAUGGUUGUUUUAGUCUCUUCCAUGGGAGAAGCUAGGCACUUGGUUGAGGUUGCUACAAAGCAAAAUAAUGUGGACAGUGUCAAAUAUUGCGCCAAAUUAAGUGGUAAAACCGAUGGUGAUGCAAGUUCUGAUUGUUUUAUGAUUCCAGGCCUACCGAGUAUUCCAGGCCUUCCGACAUGGCCUAGUAUUCCGGGCUUACCUGGAUGGCCCGGUGCAACAAAUCAACCUGCCACUCCGUUAAUACCAACACCUCCGACAACUCCAUUAAUAUCAAGCCCACCUAAAGUUGAGGUUGCUACAAAAAAGAAUGAUGUGGAUAGUGUCAAAUAUUGCGCGAAAACAAAUAGUGUUAAAGGCAGUGAUGAUGCAAGUUCUGAUUGCUUCAUACCCGGUGCUCCAGGACAACCUUGGUGGCCAUGGCCCUUACCAGGUUCUCCUGCAACUCCAGGAACACCUAAAACUCCAUCAACACCGGGUGUUCCGGGACUACCUUGGUGGCUAUGGCCCUUUAUACCACAUCCUCCUACCACUCCGGUAACACCAAGUCCACCUGAGUCUCCUGCAACACCUGGCUCACCUACAUCUAGCCCAUUGCGUUAA